AUGACUUAUUUUCCGCAGGUGAACGGCACUCUAACGCUGGGUGAAAAUAUCUCAGACAAUGGAGGCUUGAGAAUAGCAUAUAACGCGUACAGAGAGUGGGUCAAAGAACACGGGGCCGAACCGCGACUGCCCGGGCUCCAAGAGUACACGCCUUGGCAGAUGUUCUGGUUGAGCAACGCUAAUGUGUGGUGCGCCAAGAAUCAUAUGAAAUUUGACGAGGAAGCGAUAAAAAAAGACGAUCAUUCGCCCUUCCUUUUCCGGAUCAACGGCCCGUUCUCUAACAUGAAAGACUUCAGCGACGACUUCCGGUGUCCUCUAGGCUCCAACAUGAACCCGGUCAAGAAGUGCCUGUUGUGGUGA